GUGGUUUAAAGUCAAUUACCACUGCGGUUCAAGGUCAACCACCAAGAUGCCAACGAUCGUUGUUUGAUGAGGCAGCGCGUAUCUCAUCGCAAUUUUUCGGCGUGCUCAGGAUUUUGGCCUUUCGGAGACGGGAAACGCCCUUCUGGUCAGGUAGGGGCCGGUGGAACCACAUACCUUCAUAUCACGGGAGACCCAUCAACCGGAUCGCAUAUAUAAGGACCAGCGACACCAAGCAUUGGCAUCACAUAUCUCUUCACAUCCCAAGUACACACAUCGACCACAGGUUGAAGUUUGCAGAUUCGUCGUAGACAUCACAAGAAGAAAUCAAAAAACAAGAAAUGGCUUCUUUCAAGAAUCUGAUAUUCAUCGCCUUGGCCGUGUACGCCGUGUCCGCCGAAGAAAACAAACCCGCCGAGGAUGCAGCAAGAGUAAAGAAACACGCCUAUAUUGCCGCAGCCCCAGCUCCGGUUUUGGCUUACUCUGCAGCAGCCCCAGCAUACCCAUAUUCAGCAUACUCUGCAUACCCAGCCAGCUACGCUUACAAAUACUCCAGUCCAGCUGCCUACGCAGCACCAGCUGCUUACGCCGCUCCUGCUGCUUACGCCGCUCCUGCUGCUUACGUCGCACCGGCUACCUACGCCGCCACCCCAUACGCCGCUUACUCGAGCUACGCAGCUUACCCGAGCUAUGCCGCCUACCCCAGCUACGCUGCUUAUGACGAUGGCAAAUACUACCCAGGAAAAUACGAGAAAUCGUAUUUCCCAGCAGCCUACAAAGCCGCAUACCCGGUCGCCUACCACUACUGAAAACCCACUCACCCAUGAUUCUCAACAUUCCAACAACACGCAUAGAUUUUUUAAAGUAUAACUUUCAACAAUAAACGUGAUCUUUUUUUCGUAAA